AUGCCCUCGGACAACGUCUACUCUGACCCGGACCCUGCUGUCUCGGAAGCCCAUGACGACGAUGCUGCUACCGCCUCAGCCCUGUCGCCCUCGGACGGUUACUUUCGGGACGAAGACUCCGCCAACGUCUCCCCUACCUCACACCACCACCAUCAGCCCUUGCAUGCGUCGCGUCGUUCUGGCAGCGCACCUUACGUACCCAACGUCUUGGUCGAGGAUCCCACCCUCACCAAGGAUCCCGACUCCAAGGCCCAGAUUGCACAGCGUCUGAUAAAUAGUGACGGCGCUGCCGGCGUCCACGCUCUCCCUUCCUCCUCGUCAACCCAUCCUCACCACAACCCCGAGUCGUAUUAUUACCCUUCCGCCUCGGCGUCCGGAUCGGGUGCCUCGCUUGACACGCCUAGCACUUAUACCAACACUUCCUAUCCUUUUGCGCAAAGCAGUCAUCGCUCGGGCCCGCAAGACGCAGCCUCUCAGCAACAGCGUCAGCUUUACGUCAAUACGUCCCCCCAGCACCCCUCCGACUAUAACAGCCACCCUUACAACGGACGAGGUGACGCACCGCCUGCGUACACACCGUCAUCACCAGAAAACAAUCCAAACAACCUCAGAUACUCAACCUUUUCCUCGUCCACGCCACGUAGGAUGGGAUCGCCCGAAGAACAGGAGCGGCUCCUGUCGCCGCCGCAGCAGCAAGCCUUUACCGAUCCUCCUAAGCAACCCCUCUGGCGGCGUAUCAGAGACUCCCACGACUCAGGAUCUCUUCGCCAGAAAAUCAAGAAAAUACUCGGCAUACUCGUCAUUGUCUCCAUCAUCUUGGUAUUCAUGGGUGUCAACAUGUCUGGCCCUUCGUAUAGAAAACGAAUCAUUGACAAGUCACCCAUCCGCACCCCUGAUAUGGGUGAGAGCAAGUUGGUCUGGCACCCUGGCAGAUCCUGUCGCGACACUCCUCACACUUAUCCCAAGAAGACUCUCCACGCCAGCUUGAGCUCAGACCGCGUGCUCUUUAUUGAGCAGACGAUGCACAAGAAGCAUUGGACGGACCCCAGUCGUCCCACCCCCAACGUCAACGGCGAAAUUAUCCUGCGCCCAACCACCAAUGGCAAAGCGGAAAUUGAUGUCGAAAUUAUUGCCAACUACAAGGAACUGGACGUCCAGGUUGAGUUUAGCAAUCAUGACGGCACUGACCACGUCAAAGUCACCACACCCCGCAUUGUCCCCGACGUAUCGUCCCGCGACGUCUGCAUACAGAUUCGCAUCACCGCCUGGGUCCCCCAGAAAGCCCUCGUCAAUACUCUCUCCGUCAGCACCGUCUCUCUCAAUGUCUUUGUCCAGGAGGGUCUAGCCCUUGGUGCCGAGAAUGAGAUUGACAUCUCCACCGUUGCUGGCAAUAUCGUCUUUCCCGCCGACGACUCCGACGUCGAGCCCUACAAGAUGGAAUCCCCGCUCUACAAAUACUCGACCGUCUCUGGCGACGUAAAGGGUUGGUUUCCGAAAUACCACAGGCUACGAGUUGACACUGUCUCGGGCGAUGUUUCUGCCCAGAUUACACAUAAGGACGUGGUCCUGAAAUCAUCCGGAUCGUGCCUGCUGGACAUCUCGUCUGUGUCUGGUGUACUCAAACUCGAUGAUGGUAGCCAGGACGUGGCAAAGUCUGGCGCCGCGAUCCCUCCGCGCGACUACCUGGUGAAAGUGGUGACGACAUCGGGCGACGUUACUGCCAACUUGGCUAUCGGAUCGUCCUCGGAGUUCUCCUCAGUCUCGGGCGAUCUCGAGCUCAAACUCGUUCCUGUCCUCGAUGAGCGCUGGCUGCAGUCGCACUGGCGUCCGCUGUUCCGCACAGAGAGCACCAGCGGCGACCAUCGCGUGCAAGUUUCCGAGCCGCACUUUGUCAGCAUCCCCGACAAGCUGAAUCCCCACGAGCGACCCACGCUUCCCAAGAACCGCAAGAGUGAGGAGAGAAACGUCGCCACAGAGACGGAACAACAGGAGGAAGAGGACGACGAUUCUGAGAGCAAGCGUCAACGCGUUGUCGAGAAGAAGCGCGGUCUUGUCGCUUUCGACUCGCGCCACUCGUCCAUCAGCGGCAACCUGCAACUUUCCUACCCGGCCUCCUGGGAGGGCACAUUUUCUGCUGAUACCAUGUCUUCGGGCAUUACCAUUCACGGCAAAGACGUGGUCGUGGAUAAGAAUAAGGGCGGGCUUGUCGGAAAGACAGUCUCUGGGCACAAGGGCGAUGGCGCGUCGAAGCUCGAGAUUGAUGAAAUGUCGGGCAAUAUCGUCUUGUCGAUUGGGAAAGACUAA